AUGUUCGUCGCGCUGGUUCGUCCAAUUUUGGGGCUGCUUCUACUGUGGCCUGUGCCCCCAGCGGUCGCCAUCGUGUACGUGCGGUUGAAGAACGAACGUGGUCCAACGGCGGCUCGGGCCGGUGUACACUGUCUCGAGCUACUGAGCCAUACGUACUUCUACACGACCGGUUCGACGCAGAUCGAGAACAUCGUCAUCUUCUACUUGCGGAACCUCAGCUCACCGGCGCGCGAAAUCCUGCUCGGGUAUCUGCAAAAGCACCAUACCGGGUACGACACCACCGACGAGGACGAUGAACAUCAUAAGGAUGAGGAAGGAUCCCAAUACCAGCUGAAACUGAUGUCAGACGAACCGACGCCCUUUGAAGCGGAGAUCGGACGGAUGGCGCAGUUUCGGGAUCACAAACAGAUCGACUACUACGUCAUCGUGAUGGAUAACUUCGAUGGAUUGCGGCGUGCGAUGGCACGCGUCAGGAUGACGGCUGCGUUUAACCCUCGUGGGAAGUUCGUGCUGCUGUACAACAACCCUAACGAUCGGGAUUCGAACCGGCGACUGGCUAAUCGUGUUCUCAAGCUGUUGUUCAUCGAUCACCACUCCGUGAACGUGCUGUUCGCGUUCGCGAUCGACGCCGUUAGCUACGAGGUGUACACAGGUGAUCCGUACCACGGAGCGCAGGACUGUGGCCAGAUGAAGGCCCUUAAGGUGGCGAUGGUCGUGAACGGGACGUUCGUGAACCAGGGACUCUCACCGGUCAUGAUCAACAUGCCGAAGGUGCCACCGCAGAUGGAGUCGUGCACGUUCCUGUUGUGUACGCGCGUUGCACCACCUUUUAUCGAUCUGGACUGUCGGCGUGGGCUCGAGCUGCAGAUCAUGGAUCUACUGCGGGAAUCGAUGAAGUUCAAGGUGAACGUUUCGUGUACUGAGAUGGAUCGUGGCGAACCAACGGCCGACGGGAACUGGACGGAUCUGCUUGGGGAAAUGCGUGCGGAUGAGUGUGAUAUCAUUGCGGGAGGAUUUAACCCGGACUUUGACGUGCACGAGGACUUCGGCUCGACGUACCUGUAUCUGCAGGACUACUACACGUGGUUCGUACCGGCAGCAGGCCACGAUGCGCGCUGGAAAUUGCUCCUAUUCAUCUUCGAAGUCAGCACAUGGGAGCUGUUUGGGUGUGUGUUGCUCGUGUCCGGGUGUGUGUGGCGAUUUGUUGGCCAAUUCCUACCGGAAUCGGCUGCCCAUCGACAGCUAACCACGUGUUUCCUGAACACCUGGUGUGUGUUCCUGUGCGUAUCAGCACACAAUCGCCCAGCGUGUCACGCGCUCCGGUUGUUCUUCAUGGCGCUGACGUUGUACGCGCUUAACGUGACCACGAUCUACACGAGUCUGCUGAUCACGGUGCUCACGAACCCACCGCUAGCGUACCAACUCGACACGAUCGAGGAGAUCCUGGCAAGUGGGCUACCGUUUGGAGGUCGCGUUGACAGCGAGGACUGGUUUGAGAACCAGUUCGAGGACGAUCGGCUCGUGUCUGAGCGGUACAACGUUUCACCCGAGUUCCAGCCAUCCCUCGUAAAUCUGCAGGCCGUCGCGGACGGGCGUCGAUCGUUGCUGAUGAGCCGGCUUUAUGUGCGCAACACCAAGUACUACCGGCAGGUGCACGGCCUGUCGAAGGACGUGUUCGUGACGCAGAUCGAGAUGAUCGUCGAGAAGGGAUUCCCGCUGUUGCCCAAGUUUAACCGUAUCCUCUCGAAUCUAAUCGACAUGGGCAUAGUGGAAAAGCUGUGGAAGGACUUCCUGUACAACGUGACCAUACUGGACAGGAUACGAUUGAACCGCGCAGUGAGCGAACAGGACAUCCUGGCCGCAUCGCCCGAGGUCGUCCUGACGAUCGAUCAUCUGCAGAGUGCGUUCACGCUGUAUGGGAUUGGGUUGUGUCUGUGUGUGGUGGCAUUCCUUUUAGAACUGCUCUCGCAGGUGCGCUGGAUUCGUCGAAUUGCAUCUCUGUUAGGUGUCAAGUGGGACGAGAUGCUGGUGCGAUUGCAGCUGAGGGAACGCAAAGCGACUGACAUUGCUGAACGUGUGAACGGGAGCCAAUUCUUUCGAGCGUGCACGCAACGUGGCCUUUACCAGGUGAUCGUGAACGUGACAGGACACUCGGCGUGUGGCUACCGCAUCGAGUACAACCGAAAAGGCUCCGAGGAGUUCCGAAGUUGGCCAUUCCGCAAUCUGAGCGCUCCAUCGCGCAUUAAAGUACAACAGCAACGGCGCCGAUUCGUUGCCCUGAUUAAGUGGGAAAAAAGCAAGCUGGACAUCCACAUGAUGCACUACUGCCUUGCGGUUAGUACGGACCGGCGCCAACGCAGUCUCUGUCAGGCGUUAGGCAACUCCAUCCAUCGGCCACCGUGUGAUGAAAUUCCAGUCAACGAAUACCUGCAUCGAUUGGGCCCAAGGGAUGAGCGUAAACUUGAUCCUGCAUUUGGGACGACGAUCGUCUGCACGGGAACUCGCACACGUCAGCUGAUCCGAGGGCUGAAAGCCAACGUGACGUACUACGUGGACGUGUUUGCGAUCCACUCACAGUAUAAUAACGUUUCGUUCCUGCUCGGAUCGACGCAGCUUCAGCUAAACCGGACCCGACCAACGCAGCUGAUCGAGGGCAAGAUCGUGAUCGGGAAGUUGUCCACACUCGGGGGAUUGGCGCUGUUUAGCUUUAAGGUACCGAAACGAUCAACGAACAACUACUUCAAGCUGCACAUCACACCGUGCGGUGGCACAGUUAAGGUGGAGGUGCUCAAAAAGAAACACCACAUCAUGGAGCCGAUCCGGGACGUGUACUAUCCCAGGACGAUCACGGUACGGAACGUGCGUCCUGGUGAACGCUACGUGAUUCGGGUGUCUGAAGCGGACGAUACCUCACGGCUCAGUCGCAUCCAGGUAGCUGUUAGCUCGAGAGAAAGCUUUCUAGAUCUACCUCGGAUGCCGACAAACACCACCAUCACGGAGCUGGUGCCACUACGCAAGUGCCACUCGAGCACGAUCGCGUGGUUUGGUUCACCUGAGAAGGACGUGACGUACUGCGUGUACGUGUUCAAGCUCUCGAAAGCGCAGUACUACAAUAACGUGAAGAUCCCGACGUACUGUGAGCUGGAGAGCCGGGAUGUCUGUAGUCACCCGCAGUUCCACAACAAGCACUGUUUCAACGGAAACGAGUACAACCCACUCUCGCUGGACAUUCCCAACCUGCUACCGGAGCACUAUUACACCGUGUUCGUGACCGCUAUCUCUCCGCGGGGUCGUAGUCUACCGUACAAGUCCGUACGCAUCAAAACGGCUCCCUACUGCCUUGAAAGCAACCAGAUCCUGAUGGCUGGCUUGACUGGCGGAAAAGAUACCGUGAAGGCGGCCGGAUUGCGAAAACCAGGUGGUCAAAAGCGCCGCAACACCAUUAUCGUCACCAAGAACAGCCUAACGGAGACCGGAGUUUCCAAGCGAUCUCGCAAGUUGCCGGCAACGUCCAGAAGGAUAAAGUCCACCCCGAUGCAGACCACCUGA